UAUUGACACAAAUCCAGUGGGCUCAGUUGUCCUUCAGUGCAGCUCAUCUGUUAGCUUUCACUCCAUCUCAUACCUGGAGUAACUGCUCGAAGAAACAAACUACACCUUGGAUCAUGGCACCAAAGAUUCUGCCCUUGGUGAAACUGGCUACCAAGGUGACCAUCGCAGGAGGAGCUUUGUAUAUUGCCUGUGACUCUGGUUUGUUGGGGAGUAGUGAGCAGGGAUCAGUGGCCCUGGACAAGGCAAAGGCUGCAUUACCUCCAGCAAUACAGGACUGGAUGAAGUACUUUGGCCUGGAGGCUCAGCUUCCAACCAUGCCGAAGAUCGAAUUUUCCCCUGUCCAGACAUGGAACUCUGGUGUGCGGUGGACAAUUUCAUCACUUUCAGAGGCUCCAACAAAGGCAACUGAAUACUCGCAUCAGGGUGUGCAGUAUCUGAAAGAUCUCACUAAGUGAACGGGAACAUUGGGCAACCUGACAUUCAUUAAUGUUUCUGACUCUUGCACUUGAGACAUUUUCAAAGCCUGUGGCCUCACACAUUAAAAAAGAAACUCAACAUGAAAGAAAAUCCUAAGAUAAAGUUAGUUUUCUGAAUAACAGAAGCAUUGGCCAAGUUGUAAAUAAUGCAAAAAAAAAAAGUAAAGUGGUUUAAAAAAUUCAAUAAUUUUGUGUAUACUAAUUUGUUCAUGUACAGACUAAUUUUUGCGUCCCCUUGUUUUCAAAGUAGCCAGAUAUUGUAACAAUGUGUCUGUUGUAUUUAGUUUCGCUAAAUGUGACAAAUACAUCAAUCCUAAAACA